AACAAUCAACAAUCAAUAAUCAACACUAGAUUGUAGGUCAUAAUUAUACACUCGCAGACAUUGUGAAUUCAAGAUUUUGAAUCAAGAUUCAUUUUCUUUUUGAGCCUAUAAAUUGGCCCUUUUCGAAGAAACUUUAUAUUGCAACCAAACCAUACACAAUUAAAAACAAUGGCCCUAAAAACAAUUCUGAUUCUUGCAAUUGUAGCUGCAAUGGCAACCUCAUUUGCAGAUGCCCAAAAUCCACUGGGCAUCAUACAAAUCAACGGUACGUUGUACUGCUCUGCAAAUGGCAGUCCUACUAACAAUGGCAACACGGCUCCAGUUUUCCCGAAUGCAACUCUGCAAGUAACAUGCACAGGAGAUGUGAUAGCACCAGGCCCAACUAACGGGACAACCAACUCAAACGGGGUUUAUAGGUUGUACUUGUCCCCUCGUCCGAAUGCAACGGUCAACUCGAUAGUCGCCAGCUGUCGCGUCUUUGUCCUAACGCCUCUCUCCAACUGCAGCCUGGCCCUACCGACAGCUGGCCUCGUAUCAAACUUACAGUUCGUUAAGACAGUCCAACUUGGAUUCUUGCCUCUCCGUAUCACCUACAUGGUUGCUGCAGGUUUCUCUCUCCAAGCUUAGCCCAUCAUCGGAUGAUUCCCCUCUCUUUUUUUCUUUCUUUUUUUAACUUCAUGUAUGAAUAAAGACUUUGUGGAUUGUGUCUGAACUAUGACAAAUAAAUCAUGUUUUUCUA